CUUCUCCCACUUUUUCUGAUCUACGUUGCCGGUUGAGUGGAGAUUUCAGACGGUUUCAAAAAAUUUCUAAUUUUUUUCAAAAUGGGUUUCGGUGAUCUUAAAACUAAUGCUGGACUUAAGUCCCUUGAUGAAUUCUUAGCAGAUAAUAGUUACAUUGAAGGGUUUCAACCAUCCCAGGCUGAUACAACUGUAUUUCAAGCCUUGAAAUCUCCACCAAAUGCAGAAUUUCCUCAUGCUCUCAGAUGGUACAAUCACAUCAAGUCUUUCGGCAAUGGUAUCACUAGUUUUCCUGGAGUUAAAAAGGACAUAAGUGCUUUCACUGAUGCUUCAAGCGCUUCACCUGCCAAAGCUAGUAAAGCUGGUGGAGAUGAUGAUGACUUGGAUUUAUUUGGAUCAGAUGAUGAAGAAGAUGCAGAAGCAGAGAAGUUGAAACAAGAGCGACUGAAGCAGUAUGCAGAGAAGAAAUCAAAAAAACCUGGUGUCAUUGCCAAGUCCAGUGUAGUUCUGGAUGUCAAACCAUGGGAUGAUGAAACAGACAUGGCAGAGCUUGAAAAAUGUGUACGCACUGUUGAAUGUGAUGGCCUGAAAUGGGGAGCUUCUAAACUUGUACCUCUUGCCUAUGGUAUUAAGAAACUGCAAAUUAUGUGUGUUGUAGAGGAUGAUAAGGUCAGCAUUGAUUGGCUACAAGAAGAAAUACAAAACUUUGAAGAUUAUGUUCAAUCUGUAGAUAUUGCUGCCUUCCAAAAAAUAUAAACAUAGAAAUAAAUUAUUCCAGCAUUUGUA